AUGGCCUUAAGUUCCUGGAAAACGUUUGACUUUUUCGAAGUCAGCCAGGUCAAGCCUUCAGACGACGAGAGCAAGUCCUUCUUCGAGAAUAACGAAAUCAGUUGUGUAUGCUCAGGCUCCGACUCUCUCUUCCUCGGCAGCUAUGAUGGAUUUGUACGCAUCCUCUCGCCGACAUUCAAGGUCCUACGAACCUUCCAAGCACACGAUACGGGCUCGAUAACACACAUGAAGCAAGUGGAAGGAACGUCUUUACUGGUUACAAUCUCCGAAGAUAUAUCGAACGAGCCGGUUCUGAAAGUCUGGGCUCUCGAUAAGCCCGUGAAGAAGACUGGACUACCCACCUGUCAAUCGACGUUGAGCAUUCAGAACGGGCGGAAACCCUUUCCAAUAUCUGCCUUCACUGCGUUGGAUGACCUCUCCCAAUUAGCGAUAGGAUUCGCCAAUGGUUCCGUCACAGUUGUGCGAGGAGAUCUAGUCCAUGACCGGGGCGCAAAGCAAAGAACCGUACACGAGUCUGAGGAACCAAUCACCGGAGUUGAGUUUCGAGAAGAAUCAAGACUUACUACUCUAUAUGUCUCGACCACCUCACGAAUCUUGAAGCUUGUCAUUGCGGGACGUGGUCAAGGUCAGGCUGCACGGGCGGUAGAAGAUUCAGGAUGCGCUGUUGGAUGUAUGACACUUGAUAAGAGGAUGGGCGACAUCAUUGUGGUACGAGAUGACGCAAUAUAUUACUACGGCGUGGAUGGUCGAGGUCCAUGUUACGCCAUCGAUGGCCCGAAAAGCUUGGUAGCUAUAUAUGAAGACUAUGUCGCACUCGUCUCUCCUCCCUCUUCAUCCACCCCGGCGAAGACGAAUACUCUAAGGCGAUUUGGCGGCGCUCAAGCCGAUGAGCUCUUCAACACCUCUACUUUCACUCUUCUUGAUACGGUUUUGAAAUUUGUUGCGCAUUCCGAGUCCCUGGUUUCUCAAGUCAAAACACUUUUCAUGAUCUGGGGUGAUCUUUUCACCCUUACACAAGAUGGCAAGAUAUAUCGAUAUCACGAGAAAUCCCUACAGCAGAGAUUGGAGAUUCUUUAUCAGAGGAAUCUCUUUGUAACCGCCAUUAACUUGGCACAGAGGUCGGGAAUGGAUGCAUCAGGGCAGAAUGUGAUAUUUCGGAAAUAUGGUGACCAUCUGUACCAGAAAGCCGAUUAUGACGGUGCUAUGCAACAAUAUCUGAAGGCAAUCGACAAUACCGAGCCCUCCCAGGUCAUUCGAAAGUUCCUGGAUACUCAAAGAAUACACAACCUGAUUGAGUAUCUCGAAGAAUUACACGAACAUCACAAAGCUACUGCGGACCACACCACGCUGCUUUUAAAUUGCUACGCCAAAUUAAAAGACAUCGACAAGCUUGAGAAGUUCAUCAAAUCGCCCGGUGAUCUGAAGUUUGACCUAGACACCGCUAUUUCGAUGUGUAGGCAAGGUGGCUAUUAUGAGCAAGCGGCAUAUCUUGCUACUAAGCACGGAGAGCAUGAACUUGUUGUUGAUAUCCUGAUUGAGGACUCCAAAAAAUAUGCUGACGCUCUUGACUUCAUUAGUCGCCUAGAGCCAGAGGCUGCUUAUUCAAACAUGAUGAAAUAUGCCAGAGUUCUGCUCGAACAUUGCCCAAAAGAAACAACACAGUUGUUUGUCCAUUACUUUACCGGACACUAUCAGCCGAAAGUCGAUGUCGUUGUUCCCCAAGAGGUGGUAGCCCAGCAACCAGGCUAUGCAGCAGGAGCUGUGAAUGCAGUCCAAAAUCUCAAAGACCUUCUUCCAUUACCUUACAUGAAUACUUCUGCUGUUGCAUCCCCCCCUACCCAAGGCAAUGUCAUUCCCACAGUCAGUGACAACCAAGUUGUCAGCAAUCCCGAACAAAAUGUUGUUCCUCAAUAUUCACCACCUCAACCCCGGACCGCUUUCUCUUCGUUCGUCGACCAUCCAGAUGAAUUUGUUGUCUUCUUGGAAGCCUGUCUGCAGGAGAAAGAUUUGAAAGAAAGAGACAAGAUCGAUCUCUAUACGACUCUAUUCGAAAUGUAUCUGCACAAGGCAAACGAGAAGAAGGGAGCUAACAGGGAAGAAUGGGAGGCCAAGGCGAAGAAACUGAUCGAGGGGAAGGAUAUCCCAAUCGACACUUCUAACGUUCUAUUGUUGUCUCAUCUCUCGGAUUUCCGCGACGGGACCAUUCUCGUCCGCGAACAAGCUGGUCUUCGAUUUGAUAUUUUUAGAUCAUAUACAUCUGCGAAAGAUACCCGUGGCGCCAUCAAGGCGCUGAGAAAAUAUGGACCAGAAGAACCGCAACUCUACCCUGCUGCACUGGCAUAUUUCACAUCGGAUCCACGAAUCCUCGACGAAGCUGGAGAUGAGCUUGAUGCUGUACUUCAGAAAAUUGAUGAAGAUGGGCUUAUGGCACCUCUUCAGGUCAUCCAAACUCUUAGCACGAAUGCUGUUGCGACAAUGGGCAUGGUAAAAACAUAUCUCCAACAGACCAUUGAACGAGAACGAAAGGAGAUCGCGUCAAAUCGACGACUAAUCACCUCAUAUCGUACUGAGACCUCGGACAAACGGCAAGAAAUUGCAGACUUGUCAAAUAAGCCACAGACUUUCAACAACACUCGGUGUGCUUCCUGUAGCUCACCACUUUAUCUACCCACCGUGCACUUUCUCUGCAAGCACAGCUUUCAUCGGCAUUGUUUGAACAUGGAAGUCGAUGAAGAUGGAAAUGUGGAAGGACCCUGUCCAAAUUGCCGAAAGGACAAUGAUACGAUCCGAGCUAUUAGAAAGGCACAGGAUGAGAGCGCUGACAGGCAUGAUAUCUUCUUAGCCGCAUUAGCAGGGAGCAGGGACAAAUUUGGUACGAUCAGCGAGUUCUAUGGCCGAGGAGUGAUGGAAAUCCCGAGUAUGGAAUAG